AAAUUCCGCCAUUUUUCGACCAAAUCUCAGAUAAACAGAGGCCAAGUUCGACGGAAUAGUACGAGCGCAAACGGCGAACGGCAAGUGAAGUGACUUUGCAGUGUGUCGAGAAUUGAUUGCGUUUCGAUUUUUCGUUCGAGGAAUUUGUGCGGAUCGCGCUGAAAGUUGCGUGAAUUCAGUGCGGAACCAGAAGAGCGUUCGCGGCGAUUGGCGAGUUAUUGUGAAAUCCACACGGUCAGCGACAAAUUCGGAAGUGGAGCAACGUGAUGUCGGAGGCGCAAAGUGAGAACCAGAAUCCGCCACAGCAAGAUGGUGAGAUUAAGACUCCGACCAAAAGAACGCCAUCAAAACGCGUAUCGCGCGCACAACGCGAAAGCGAAGAAUUAAUAAAAAAUAUGGGUGGGACACUGGAUGUUGAAGGCGGGCGAAAAACACGCUCAAGCACGCGUGGGUCAGCUCCUGCAACACCUGCUACACCACCGCCAGCCAAGAAAGCCCGGACAACGACGCCUCGUCGAGGGCGUCCGAAAAAGAAUGAUUCCCAUGAAGCUGACGAACCAACAACACCAACUAAAAAAUCAGAGUCGGAGGACGCAAAAGAAGAAGAAAAGCCAGUACAGGAAAACUGUAAUAAAGAAAAUGCCGAAGUCGCCUCAACAACUCCCAAUAACAAGGAAGACGUUGCUCCUGAACCAAAAUCAGAAGAAACAUCUGAAACCGAUUCAAAAGUCAAUCCCCCAGAAGAACCACCACACACAGAUAGCAUAGCAGCCGAAGAAUCAACGGCUGCCGAGGAGACAAGUGCUGACCCAGAAGUGAAAGAAAAUUCUGAAACUGAUGCCGCUCCUGCAGCCGCUAUUGAAAGCACAACACCAGUGGUAGAACAAGUCGAAACAGCUGUUCCUGAUGAAGCUCCAGUUGAAACAAUUGAAUUAAUGGAGGUCGAUUCAGCGACACCAGCAACAGCUCCUGCAUCAGAACCUAUUGUUAUUGAAGCUGAAGAGGAGUCGUUACCGGCGCAACCUGUACAAAAUGCGGCAGAAAAUAAUCAACAAGUAAUAGUGAGUGACGACUCAAAUGACGUUGAAGUAGAACCAUCACAGGUGGAGCAUCAACAACAGACCCCGGAAGGGAAUUUGCAUGAAAAUUCAGUCUCUGAAACGCAUAUUAUCGAUGAUGGUGACUCAUCUGAACCUGUUGUAUCUGAGAUUGAAAAUGCGGAUGAAAGUAAAACAGAAAAUGACAUUUGUAGCGACCCAAAAAUAUCAACAAACACAAGUGACGUGGUUGCGGCGCAACCGUGUAAUUAAACCUACAAACAAUCUAUACAUAUAAAUAUAUAUUUUUUAAAUUUUUAACAAAUACAAAAGCAAAUGAAAAGUGAAAAUCUAUAAAGUUUUAUAUUUUUAAUUUUUGAUAGUUUUAACGCGAAUAAGGUACGAAUCAAAAGAAUCCACAGGAACACAACAAACACUGAAUGUCGGAAGUAACUUGAAGAGAAAUAGUUUUUUUUAAUUGUUUACCUUUUGGUGUUUUUUAAGAAAAAACGGAAACAAGAAAAACAACAAAUUACAACUAAGAGAGGAUACAUAUAUAUAUAAUUAGUAGCGUAUGUAAAACGUAAAGGAAAGAGCAUAUGUUAGCGUGUAAAUUACAAAACGUUUUUAAGUUGAGCCAAUACAAAACCGUGGAGUGAAGAAGUAACGUGUAAGCGACGAGUCACGAGACGUGGCGGGGUAUGUGGACGCGCAUCUGUUUAAGUUUACUGAGGAGUGUAGAUGUUAAGAUCUUCUGCGGAGCCGACAGACGGACAUCUAGAUAUUGAGUUUUUCAUCUUGUUCUUCUUAACCGCGACGAGAUGGCGACAAUUUCGAAUUAGAGGUAAAGAAAAUAAAACAAACUUGUUCAAACUGUAAAAAUGCAACUAAUAAUAAAGUGAGAAAAAACGUUGA